UCCGGCUCUAGCACGCGCGACGAUGAGCACGACGCUCCCCCUCUUCUGGCGACUGUCCUCGGCAUCCAGGAAGGAGCGCCUGGAUGCGUCUGUCAAGCUGAUCGACGCGCUCGAGAAAUUCCAGACGCAGUACGCCGCGAGGGAUGCGCCCGAAGAGAAGGAUGCUCCCUCAGACGCAGAGGAUGAGGAGGACGCGCAAGACGUGGACGAGAGCGAUGGGCUCGAUGCGCUGAAUGCUCAGGAUGUGUCCUACUCGAUACGCAGGCUGAUUCGCGGGUUAGCGAGUCCCAGGGAAAGCAGCAGGCUUGGGUUCGCGGUGGCGCUCACGGAGCUCUUGUCGCGCAUCGACACCGUCACCUGCUCCCAAAUUACCGCCCUCAUCAAUGAUUCCUCCAAGCCCCAGGGCUCCAUCUCCGGGCAGGAAGAGCGCGACCUGCUCUUCGCGCGUCUCUUCGGCUUCACCGCCGUCAUUCAAAGCGGGCUCCUUGUGCGCACAAAACCGCUCCCCUCCUCUGCCUCCGCCUCCGUCGUCUCCUCCCUCGCCAGCUAUCAGGACGUCCUCACCGGCCUCCUCGCCCUCGGCGAGGCCAAGGCCUGGCUCCGCGAGAGCGCCUGGUGGACGAUCGGCCUCGCCCUCGAUGCCCUGCGCGCCUCCGCCGUUCCGUGGAAAGACGCGGCGCGCGACUGGACCGCGGAGCAGAUCUACACCGAGCGCGAGGACUGGUCGCCCGAGAAGGUCGCCAUCAGCCUCAAGAUGCAGAAGCUGUAUCCGGAGCUCGCGUGGAAGAAGCUCCUAGCGCCCGUAUUCAAGAACAAGGACCUGCUGAGCAACGCGAAUCUGCCGGUCAUCGCGCGCAUCAUAAAGGACACACAGAACGAGGAGGACGAGGACGAGGUGCCGAAGGCGCAGGCGGGGAACUGGAAGCCGCAGCUGCAUUUCGUGUGGGAUCUCAUGCUGGCGGAGUUGUUGCCCGCGGAGGGCGCGCAGAGCUCGUCGUCGGGCUCCUUCCAGGAGUUCUUCCACCAUGUUGUAGACGACUCGUUGUUCUCCGCGACAGCCUCCCCGCACCGCAAGUACUGGGGCUUCCAGGUCUUCCAGAAGGCGCUCCCUCGGGUGGACGCAAAUACGAUGCCGAUGCUCUUCACGCGCAACCUCAUGCGCUCGUGGAUCAACCACCUCUCGCACAAGGAUAGGUACCUGCAUAAAAUCGCAUUGCAAGUCGCCUCCGACGUGCAGUCCUUCGUCAAGUCGAACCCGCACCUCGGGUUCGCGCUCAUCCUGCAAUUGACCGGUGUCAACGGCAGCACGCAGUUCGACAAGCUCACGCACACGAAGACGGUAGAGACCAUCCUGACGUCGAUGGACGAGGCCGGCAUCAAGACGUACAUUGACCACCUUCUGGAGCAGGUCAACCCGUCGGAUAAAUCCGACGUUCAGGCCGUGAACUCGACGCGCGCAUGGAUCAUCGAGCAGCUUGCCUCCUUGAUACGCAACGGCGCGAUUCCGAAGGAUGAGCGGUGGAUACAAACUAUCCUCGACUGGUUCACCGUCCACGGCCUCUUCACCGUCAAGAAGAAGUCCGAGAAGAGCCCCUUCCUCGCUCUUCACACCGCCCCCAAUCCUCCUUUUUCCGACGCCCUUCGCAAGAGCUGUCGCGAGCGCCUCAUGACCUGCCUCGCCGACCUCACCAGCCAGACCAUUACGGUCAAGGCCGACGACGGAAAGCCCGUCAAGCUCUCCGGCACGACCACCAGCGGCGAAUCCUGGGUCGUGCGCGUCCUCUCCAAUAUCUCCACGCUCGAGCAAGACACCAAGCACGUCACCCCGCUCGUCGACAUCGAUGACGAGGAGGCGCAAAUCCGCACGAAAGCCAGGGACCUCAUCGCCAAGCUCCAGAAGCUCGACGAUAACGACGCGGCGAAGGGCGCGCAGCUCCUGCUCGCCGUCACCCUCCUGCAGCGCUGCUGCGAUGUGGACGAGGGAGAGCUGGGCGGGGAGGAUGAUCUGGAGACGUGCGUGGAGGCCGCGAGCCGGCUGUACAGCGAGUUCAAGUCCGCGAAGAAGGGGAAGAAGGCGCGCAAGUCCACGGCGGCGGAUCCGGAGGAGCCGCCUGUGGUGGACGUGCUCGUGGACGUGAUUAUUGGGUUCUUGGAGAAGGGCAAUGCGUACUUGCGGGCGUGUGGCAACAAGGCGUUCGCGCUGUUGACGGGGGUGGUGCAGGAGAGCACGGUCGACCUGAUUUUGACGCAACUCGAACGUCGCGAUCCUACCGCGGAGCACGAUGACGACGAAAUGGAAGUCGACGAAGAGGGCGAUGAAGAGGAGGACGAGGAGGAGGAAGACGAAGAGAGCGAGGCAGAAGAAGAUGAAGAAGACUCCGACUCCGAAGAGGAGGAUGACGCCGAAGCCGCCGAGCUGCGCAAGAAGAUCGAGGACGCUCUCCGCGUGAACGGCAUCGAGCCCGCGAACGAGGAAGACGAUGAGGACGACGACCUCAUGGACGACGACCAGAUGAUGGCCAUCGACGAGCAGCUCACAGAAGUGUUCAAGGCUUCGGCGUCCGGAAAGAAGAAGGACGUUGACGCCCAACGCGAAGCCACGCACUUCAAGAACCGCGUCCUCGACCUCGUCGACGUCUUCCUGAAGCAGCAGCCCACUAGCCCGCUUAUCAUUCGCCUCCUCCUCCCCCUCGCCGACCUCAUCGUGUCCUCCGGCCCCGACGAGCAGCAGCUCGCCGACAAGGCCAAGGGCAUCAUCCGCUCGCGCAUCGCCAAGGCGAAGGACACGCCUACCUUACCCAACGCCGACGCUGUCAAGACCGCGCUCACCGAGUUGCACUCUCGUGCCCGGCGAGCGCGCUCCUCGGACCACCUGGGCACGCUCAGCAUAUUCAGCCUGUAUCUCGCGAAGACAGCAUUGCACUUGGGCGCAGAAGACGCUGUGGUUGCGGCGUAUAAGGAGUCGCUCGCAGACUUCUUGACGCGCAAGAACUCGUCGCUCAACACGUCGUUCUUCCAGGAGAUUAUCAAGCGACAUGUCAGUGUCGGGUGGCAAUUGCGGACAGACUCAUUGGAGCUGUCUGGGAAGGCAAUCAAUGCCUACAGGCGUUGUCAGGCGUAUCAGCUUGUUCAGACUCUGUUGAACCAGCUGCCAUCACUUACGCUUGCGCAUGACGAAGUCGCUGCGUUCAUGGAGCUGCUACAGCGCUCGUUGGCCGACACGAUCACCGGCGCAUGCGAUGGAACCGUAAACCUUAACGCGGCCCAGCUCAAGGAGCUCCUCAAGCUCGCCAACUCCGCCGCCCGCCAGUCGCAGAAGCAGCCCGAAAAUGUCAAAACCGUCUGGACCGCUACCACCUGGACGCAGCUCUCCGACCGCCUCUCAUCCUCCGACAAGUUCAAGUCGUCGACAGGCCUGCACAAGACCUGCCAGCAGAUCGCGCAGCUUAUCUCCGGUACUCCCUCCCAAACAUCCGCAACCAAAACAGCGUCCGCGGCCAAGUCCGCCGACUCACCGGAAGUGAACGGCGUCGACAAGCAGGUGAACGGCACCGACAAGAAGGCAAAGGCCACAAAACGCAAGGCAGAGACCGACGCGGCAGGCAGCGAGAAGCCAAAGCGUAAAAAAGGCAAGAAAGACAAGCCGAACGUAGAUUAGUGUAUAUAUCUCCCCGAUGCUAUCAUCUGUAUCUCUGCGGCGGUGGCAACUGCCUCGAUACCGGACUCUUGUAUACAUUGUUGUAUGAGCUGUGCACAUUUGCGUAGCCUGUUGCGCUUCAUGCGAGCCUCCACUUCAACCUGGAAGCUUUGCGACCUCUGCGAUGCGGUUCGGAGGACAGUCUCGGGUAAUCCUGCAAGCCUGCCACACUCCACGCCAAACGACUCAGAUGUGAUGCCACUUGUGAGGCGAUACAAGAAGGUAAUCUCUCGCGUUCCGUCGAUGCGCAGGUCCGCCCGGU